GUGCUCUCCUUGCAAGUAACGACGCCCACUUCGAAUCUCUUCUAUCCGAACUCGUCGAACUCCCGAGCAUUUGUUUUCGAUACACAAUCAUUCAAAAUGAAAACCACCAGCGCCUUCGUCUUUCUUCUCGCCGCUGUUGCUCCCCUCACAGCCUCGCUGCCGACUUCGAAUACCGAUAUCACUCGUCCUCCUGUUCAGGCUCGAUGGCCCAUCAUGAAGCCCCGGUUUCUCAACGUCACGGAUCCUGCAGAUAUUCCGGAUGACCCGACCCUGCCCGUGCCAGGGAAGCCAGUCCUGGUGCCUGCCGACGGAAGCGUUCUUGUCCGAGAUACAGCUCGCUCCCUAAAGUCGUUCAAACCCCGUCGAAGCGUUAAGAAACGCCAGGAGGAGAAUGGCUUCGCCAAAGCCAUCAUCAACAUCGUCCCCCUCAGUCGACCUGGAUCAAAGAAAAUUUCUCCAUUUAACGGAACCGCUAUUUAAGAAUGUACGAUCUGUCACUUUCAGAU